GUUAUUCCUGGAUCCUCAUCUCUGCAUUUACCUUUCUAGAUGAUCUUCAAGAACAGCUGGUGGCGGCAGGAGUGAUCACUUCUGUGGUCAGAAUACUGUCAACCUAUCCAGAUAACGAAGCCCUUGUCCGUGUCAACCUGCUGGCCUUAUCCAACCUUGCAGACUUAGACACGGCUAAAGAAGCCCUGAGCAAGACCAAGGUUGCCGAACAACUGGUCCAUCAGCUGCGGCAGGUGAACCAUCACGAGAAGGUCGAGAUCAUUCUGGAAGUUCUCCAGACCUUAGCAGAGAAUGAUGCCCUCAAACUGCAGUUGGCCGAAGCCGGCAUCCAGGAUGCUGUGAGCGAGAUCCUCUCGAGGCUCCAGGACAGCUCCAAGCCAGAAGACAUGUGCAGCCUGAAAGCUGCGUCGGAUCUCAUCGUGUCCUUGCUACUCGGAGAUGAAUCCAUGCAGCAGCUGUUUGCGGAGGGGCGUGGCGUGAUCUACCAGAGCGUGGGCACGUGGCUGGCCUCCAAGCACACCCAGUUACAGCUGACGGGGGCUCUAGCUAUUGCGAACUUUGCCAGGAACGACAGCAACUGCGUUCGGAUGGUGCAGCUCGGAGUGGUCCAUCAGCUGCUGGAUCUUUUAGAGCAACACGUGGAAAGCGGCGACGUCUCGGUUCAACAUGCUGCACUCAGCGCACUUCGAAACCUUGCCAUACCAGUGGCUAACAAGAUCCAGAUGCUGGAGGAAGGGGUCGGCAAGCGGAUCCAGAUGCUGCUGAGAUCAGAGAUGCCUCCCGUUCAGUUCAAACUCCUCGGAACGCUGCGGAUGUUGAUUGACGGUCAAGCUGAGGUGGCGGAAGAAAUGGGCCAGGAUCCGACCUUGCUCAACAGACUGGUGCAGUGGUGCGGUUCAAAAGACCACGCCGGAGUCUGCGGAGAAGCCAACCGAUUGCUGGCAUCACUCUUGCGUCACAGUCGAUCUCCAGAAGUCGUCCAAGCCAUUCAAGAGGCCCAAGGAGUGAAGCAUCUGGUUUCCAUGGCGACAAGCGAGCAUGUCAUAAUGCAGAACGAAGCUCUCAUCGCCUUGGCCAUCGCCUCCGCCAUCAGUUUAGAAAGUAUCAAAGAAGCAUUUAAAGAAGCCCAACUGGUUCAGAAUAUACACCAGCUGCUCCAAGAGGAGAGUGCAGGUCCAGAAGUGAAAUAUAACGCCAUCGGUCUGCUGUGCAGCCUCCUCAAUUCAGCUGAGCUGAGACAAGAAGCCGAAAAGGAUCAGGUGACCGGAACCCUGGAGACUCUCUGUGGCCACAGCAACGGAAACGUCGCCAAGCAAGCCCUCAUGGCACUUCAGAUCCUGAACGAGGAGCCCAGCCUCUUGGGACCGUGA